AAGUGAUGGAUGCGCCAAUAUUAAUGAAGAGUUGCAUCAUCAAAAUAAAUAAAAUUGAGUAACCGUCGUCACAUUAUUCGGCACAAAGACGAAUAUAUAUAUAUAUAUGUUUAAAAAAGUUAAAUGGAUGAAAUGUGGUCUUUCCUUGGCUGGCGCGCAAUCUAGCUAUAUGCUCAAAUCAAAUGCACUGACGGAUCAAUCCAUCCCUUGAAAAAAAAUUCAUCAAAUUCUACAGCUAUGAACUUGAUUCCUUUUCCCCGUUCAGCGAAAAAGGCCAACUAUCUUCGGUUCGAACAAGCUUGUUGAUGAACUGUUUUCUAGGGCUUUACUCAAAUUUGUUUCACCGUGCAGCCAGCCUGAGCUUCGACUGACGACGAUCUUUCAGGUUCCAAGUCACUUACAAACAAAUGCAUAAGCUGAUGAGUCUAGCAGGCAUCAAGAGCUUGGAUCACCUCAAGCCGAUGCCUGGAUCCUCUUUCGGAGCUUCCAAAUCGAAUGUGAUCUCUUCUCGCUCAUUGUCUGAUUCCGUUUCGUCUGGAAGCUUUGGCAACUUGAAGCUCGCUGCAGAAAAAAUGAUUAAAGAACAAGCUUCCUCCAAAGCGGACCUUGAUUUCGCCAAUGCCAAGCUGAAGAAGUUAACGGAGGAUAUUCAUUCAUUGGAGGAGAAACUGCAGAAUGCGUUUAAUGAAAAUGUAAAGCUCAAAGUGAAGCAUAAAGAAGAUGAGAAGGUUUGGAAAGGAUUGGAAUCUAAAUUCAUUUCAACCAAAGCAUUAUGUGAUCAGCUAACUGAAACAUUCCAGCUACUGGUUGGUCAGGUUCAGGAUGCGGAGAACAGCAAGGUGUUUCUGGAAGAUAAAAUAUCACUGAGUUCAGCAGCUUUUGAUGCCUUGCAAGAUCAGCUGAUGUCACUGUCGGUGAAACUGGAGUCCUCCAAAGAAGCUAUUCAAAUUUAUGAGCAAAGGCUAACUGUACUCAGAAAGGAGAAAGAAGAUAUUGAAAAAUCUUUCAGAGAGGAACAGCUUCGUGAUGCCAAGCUGUUGGAAGAAAAAGUUACUGUGGCCAGAAAUUUGGAAGCAAGCUUAGCAAUUUAUAGAUCAGAUACCGAAAUAUUGAAUGCAAAGAUGGAAGAGUUGGAUCUUGGUUUGAGGUUGAAGGAAGACGAUAUAAAGCAUUUGAGGAUAUCAGAAGAAAAUUUACAAAAAGAGAAGGAUGAUCUUUUGGACAGUGAGAGAAAUUUUUCUUGCAAAUUAGACAAAGCAUUUCAAGAGAUAAAGAAUCUUAAAGAUUUCCUUGAAGUUCUAGCUGCAGGACUGGGUGAACUGGACCAACAUAGUUUGAACUUUUCAGUCAAGCUUAUGCAACUGAUCUCCUUGUAUGACUCUUGCUUUAAGUUGUUUCGGAAUGAGAUGGACCUUACUGCUCAAUUUGCUGAGCGCCAAUAUGAUUUACUUCUUGAGAAAUCCCAGCAUGUGCAAGCAGAGAAAGAAGUACUGCUAUUGACAAAUGGUGAACUGAUCAAUAAGGUUGUUGAACUUCAGAAAGUCCAGGAACUUGUGAUGGUACAACAUGCGGAAGAAUGCCGCUUAGCGGAGGAGAAGGUUCUUAAACUAGAAUGUGAAGCCAAAACUCUUAUCUCUAAGGGGGCUGAAAUGGAAUUGUUGGUUACUAAAUCAGAGGAGAAAAUAGCCAACUUAUCGGAAAGUUCAAAAUCUCAUGAGAACAAAAUGCAAUAUCUUUUGUCCAGAAUCUCAACACUAGAAACUGAAAACCAAAGUAAUACAGAAAAAAUGCUGACAGACCUACAGAAUAAAGUGGAAGAAGUGGAUCACUUGCAAGUUGAAAUGGAGAAGCAUGAACAACAAAUAGAUUCUAUGCAGAAAGAAGUGAUCAAUCUGCAAUAUGUCAUGGAGGAGAAGGAAAAGCUACUUCUCAAGCAUGAAGACAAAGAGAAAGAGCUAGAAGAUAUAAAAGAAGAGAUCAAGGCUUCAUUAGUUGACACUGAAAGUAAACUUUCAGAAGCGAAGAAACAAUAUGACCUGAUGCUUGAGAGUAAACAGUUAGAGCUAUCAAGGCAUUUGAAAGAAUUAUCUCAAAAAAAUGAUCAGGCCAUAAAUGAUAUCAGGGGGAAGUUUGAGGCUGCAGAAUUGCAGAAAGUUAACGUUGAGAAAGAAAAGGCAGAAAAAGCCAUUCGGGAAGUAGAAAGAAAGUGCGAACAGAAGCUGGAAGAAAUCAAGGAAGAAUCGCGCCUAUAUCUGAUGCGUACACAGGAGGAACAUGCUGCCAUGAUCACCCAUAUCCAGCACGAGCAUGAGGAAAAGAAAUCAAGCAUCCAGUCUAGGCAUAGUGAAGAGCUCAAGCUUGUUCAGAUUCAAGCUGCAAAUGAGCUCAGAGAAAAAAUUACAUUACUCAGGAAUGAACAUGAAGUUCAGAUAAAAGCUUUAAAUUCUCAGAAUGAAGAUCAAUGCAGGCAACUCCAGGAAGAGCUGGAGAUCCAAAGGUCAAAGGAGGAUAGACAAAGGGCUUUACUACAGUUGCAAUGGAAAGUCAUGGGCAAUAAGCCCCAAGAGGAGCAAGAAGUGAAUUCAAGAAAGAACUACAAAAUUUCGUCAUCAAAGAUCGUAAGCUCUGGUGGUGGUAGAAGAAAUCAGCAUGAUCAUUUUCCUGUCGAGAAUGAAGCAAAGGAUUCUCCUUACUCGCACGGAGCACAAACACCUGUGUCAACCUUAAUGAAAAAAGUGGAAAAGGGGAACUCUGCUAUGGGUAUGCCUAAGCAUAGUAGGAAGGUAACACGCCAUGAAUAUGAAGUUGAAACAGCUAAUGGAACGACAAUAACAAAGAGAAGAAAAACUAGGAGUACUGUUAUGUUUGGGGAGCCGAGAAAACAUUCAAGAAGGACUCCAAAGGCAGGCCUACCUAAGGAAGUGCAUAAGGAGGCAAAGGUUGGGAACCCACAUCCUUCGAAUAUAGGGGAUUUGUUUACCGAAGGGUCUCUAAAUCCAUAUGCAGAUGACCCCUAUGCAUUUGACUAGAGAAAAAAGAUGAAGAGAGUUAUCGCCCAACUUAGCUGCAAUCACAUACGUACUAAUUUCUUCAAAAGACCAGUCAACAGGAAAUCUGAUUAAGAAAUGCUUCUUGGCAGAUCCGGAGAAUGAUCGCUUCCUUCAAUUUCAGGCCUUUUGCAGAGGGAGGAAAUCGUUACAUUCUUUCUCUUAAGAAAAGUGAGUAGACGCUUCUUUCCCAUGAUACCACAUGUUCUCUAUUAAGGGCACAUUUUAUGGAUUUCUGUAGGUAUUGAGCUUCUUUUAUUUUUUUUUUUAUUUUUCUGGUGUUGGGAUAAAAGAAACCGAUGGCAAAUUCUGUUCUUCUAAUUUGCUUUCAAAUCUGGGAUAUUGUA